GUGGGCUAUGGGUAUUGAGUACCAUAUCUGUCCGUGUUUCUUUAUUAUUACCCAACAAUAUCUUUAUCUCAAUUAUUUCGCACUCUCCCCCCAAAUUUCUCUCUUAGGGUUUUCUGCGCUUUUGAAGAUUCAAGCUUUUUGAUCGCUCAUCAAAGGUUUUGAGGUUCGGGAAAACGAUAUUGUCCUCUUGUUUUGUCUGGCCAUAUAAAAUGGGGACUUGUGUAGAUUUUGUGAACUCUCUUGACCUUGACAUGUCAAUGAAGAUUUUGAUGUGCUUGGAAGAUGUUUCCGAUCUUGCCCGCAUUUGUGCUGUCUCAUGCUCUUGGCGACAUUUUGUGGUUGAAAAUGGUCUAUGUAAGAGUUUCUGUGUCAGACUGUUUCCUCAAUUAUCUAGAGUUGGUUACGUCAUCGAAAACUGUUGUGAGAAGAAGCUUGUAGAAUUUGAAUGUAGCAGUAGCCGACAUGUGGAAAGGGAAUUUUUGGAGAAGGAACAUAAAGUUUAUAUGUUUUUGGCGCGAGGUGUUACGUCAUUUGCUAUAAGGAAGUGUAUUUCAGAUGCAAUCAGUGCUUCUAGUACUGAUAAUUUCCCGGCUGAAAGCAUUAAUAAUACUCUGGAUUCAAGAGAUAGAAUUGGGCGGAGAGCUUCGUACUGGUCCAGCAAAGGACAAAAGAACCCUGCAGUACCUGAAAGACUGACUUAUAAGUUGGUUUCCAACAUUUGUGUCAUUAAUGAAAUAAGCAUACAUCCUUUUGAAGCUUAUUUUCAAUUUGGCCACCCCAUAUAUUCUGCCAAAUCUGUACGAUUUCGUAUGGGUCAUUCCAAAAUCCCCAUAGAUGAUCAUAUGGGUGAUACACACUGGGAUCUUGUUGAUGACCAGCUUGUGUGGACUUACACUUCACAGGAAUUUCCAGUGGCUCAGGAAAACCGUUUGCAGACUUUUGUGCUUCCACAGCCUGUUCUAUGCAUUGGUGGAAUUUUCCAGAUUGAGCUGUUGGGUAGAGUUCAGAAACAAGAAAUGGAUGGCUUGUUCUAUAUUUGCGUGUCUCAUGUUCAAGUUAUGGGGCGGUCACUAUCACCUGCAUUUGAUGUUGAAAUUCUCAAACCGUCUGGAGAGUUUGCCCUGAAGGUUCUGAGUUACACCCAACCAAAUCCCCCCGAAGACAGUCCAGUUACCACUGCUUCUAGUGAAUAUUUGCUGAGGCGUGUACGGGAUUUGGCGCAGAUAGUGAACAUGUUGCAAGGAGAUGUUGGAGUACAUGAAGACUAUGAAUGGGAGGAAGAGGAUGUUGAAGCAGACGACGAAUUUCCUCUGUAAAAACUGUCCUUUAUUUUUUGGUUUUUUUAACUAAAUAAUGGUUUGCACCAACCAACUCCUUCUUCUUAAGAUGUUGCCAGGCUGCCUGACACUCUUUUACUUCUGUGUUGUUUAUGUACAAGUGGAUAUGUUACUGGUUCUCUUCCUUCUCCCAUCCCUCAAAAUUCCUCUUGGUGAUAAAAAAUAGUACAUAAGAAAACAACACCAAACGUCCUGUUUCAGUUCCCAGAUAGAGGGCAAUUCCUUC